UCAGUCAGUGGAGGAGAUGGUUUCGAAAUCCAGCUGUAGCUCAAAGUGAUCGCUUCCUUGGGCAUAUCCAUCUAAGAGGAUUGUGCCCUUUUUUCCUCUCGUACCACUUUUUUUCGUUGUUCUGAACCUGUAGGAUUUUUCUCAUCUGCCACUCAGGUUUGUGAUAUAGUGAGUGUUCCGCUGAAGAAUAACUGAAGUUUUUCAUACAUGGCUGAAGCACCUGCCAUGUGAAUUAUUUGCGCUUUUUGUAUUGACGUGAUCUGUGUGUCCUAACACACACAUGACACAGUUUAAGUCAUUUCUUUUCUGUCUACUGGAAUUCUUUCUUUUUGCCAUACAAGGAUUUCUUGCUGACAGCAUGUUAGGAAUCUAGGAGUAAACUCUUAGGAAAAACCAUGAGUUGGAUUCAUUAUAAAUGGUAAAUGUCUUUUUGCUUGGAGCAACACCAUCUGAGGAAUCCAAUCAAGAGAUGACCACCAUGUCAAUGGAGCCGAUAGUGGGGUUGGUGGAGAAGGUUUCCAACGUCACUGAGCUCCCAGUAGAAUCUUCUACCGAAGACAUGGCUGCGACCUUCACCAUCGGCACCAUUCUGUCCCUAAUGUGUUUGGUGGGUGUGUCUGGUAAUAUCUACACAUUGGUGGUCAUGUGCCACUCCAUGCGGUCGGCUGCCUCUAUGUACAUCUACAUCAUCAACCUGGCACUAGCUGAUCUGCUUUACUUACUCACGAUUCCAUUUGUGGUGUGCACACAUUUCCUGAAGGGCUGGUACUUUGGAGACGCCGGAUGUCGGAUCCUUAUCAGCAUGGAUUUCCUUACAAUGCAUGCCAGUAUUUUCACCCUGACUGUCAUGAGCACAGAACGUUACUUCGCCGUCCUCAAGCCUCUGGAUACAGUCAAACGCUCUAAGAGCUACCGAAAAGCAAUAGCCUUCUUGGUGUGGACGGCCUCGUUGAUUCUCACCUUACCCAUGAUCAUCAGCGUCCAGCUGAUGACGGAAAGCUCCAAGCCAAUGUGCCAGCCCACCCUGAGCCCUCUCUCAUAUAAAAUCUACAUCUCCUUUCUCUUUGGCACCAGCAUCGUGGCUCCAGGGGUGAUAAUCGGGUACCUGUAUAUACGCCUGGCACGAACCUACUGGAUUUCCCAAACUGAGACUUUCAAGCAGACCAAGAAACUCCCAAACCAGAAGGUUCUGUAUCUGAUCUUCACUAUUGUGCUCCUGUUCUGGGCUUGUUUCCUGCCUUUCUGGAUCUGGCAGCUUCUAGGUCAGUUUCAGCCCAAGCUGGAUCUCUCCACCAAGGCCAAACGUAACAUUAACUAUCUGACCACCUGUCUGACCUACAGCAACAGUUGCAUCAAUCCGUUCCUCUACACCCUACUCACCAAGAACUACAAGGAGUACCUCCGCAAGAGACAGAGGACAUGGACGGCUGGCAGCUACCUCAACCGAUGGAACCGCUUUCAACGCUCGCCCCGACGUUCCUUGUCCUCCAGCAGCCAGCAGUGCACAGAGAGCUUUGUCCUGGCGCAUACUUCUCGCACCAACAACAGCAGCAUCUGAGGGAUAGACGACUGUCUGGGGCAAGACAGGAGCCAAGAUGGCUGGUAUCUCUUUCCUCCAAACAGAAGAGGGAGAGCAAAAGAGGAGUACAGCGGGCAAGAGAAGAAAAGCCAGCCACGGCAUGAGGAGUAUCCCCACGUGAAGAGGCCAAUGUGGGUUUGGAGUCACCAUCAUCUCACCUGUUGAUUGUUUUCAAUAUUGAAUGACUAAUAAGAGGGAAAAAACAAUUCCCAGUUCAUCAGUUUUCUCAAACUCUGGGUUAUUAUCACUGAUACCUAUUUUUUUGGCUCAUCCAUCAAACCUUGUCAUCAAGGACCAAGUUUCAAAGCAGGGCGAUAACCAAGAGACAAAUUUGACAACUUUCAUCUCCCCCUUUUCCAAGCCACUCAAAUCUGAUGAGAGUAGUUUCUUUCAAAUAACUGCAAUAAUAGCUAUCAGAAUCCUUCUGAACAUUAUUCCAACAAAAGAUGACAUCAAAAAGAAGGCGUAUUUCCUAGUACGAAAUCUGUUUCUCUCAUACUUAUGAAAGAGUCUUGCUCUAUUUGAUCUCAUGGGUUGAGUUUGACAUGAAGCUGUUCUAUUUGAUUUGCCUUUGAUGAUUUGAUGAUCUUCAUUGUAGGGUACUAAGUGAUAAUGCGGCCAUAGAAAGGCUUCCAGAACACUGUGGAAAGGACUUCCGAGUACCCUUUUAUUUUUCAGAACGCUGUAUUCCAUUCCCCGCGCCUGUCAGAUGGAUUCUCUCUGAUCAGUGGGGAUUCUGUCUCCUCCAUCCUAUUUCGGUGAGGCCGACAAGACUGGAGGUUUUUAUGUUGACCUCAGAGUGACCUGAGAGCUGUUUCUUCCGUACAACAAUGCAGAGGAUGCUUGGCUUUGACUUCUAAUGAGUUGGACAUUUAUACUUUCCUUACUGGCAAGUCAGUACCCUUCCAUAUGGAAGGUCCGUUCAGAUACAGAAAAGAACAUCGAAAAGUGAAACCGACCAACUUGGAAACUUCAACUUUAUGACUCCAAAGGAACAGCUUAUUUAUCUUAAUGCACAAUGGUAAAAUGGCGCUUAUUAUUGUUGGACUCUGUAUUUGUUUUACACAAAAGAUAAACAGGAAAGUACUGCCCAGUCUGUAUGUUGCUUUGGUUUGCUGAAUCUAAGGAAUGCCUAUUUUGUUUUUGUACAGAGAGCUGAAAUAUACUUGGUAACACAUUAUAAUAAGAGUCAAUUUGUUAAAAGUAUUUCACAAUUCACAUUGCAUUAACUAAACUAAUGAUAAACAUAAUGCAUUUAACACGUUAGAAUUAAACUAUAUUAAUAAAUGCUGUAAAAAUAUUGUUCAUUAUUUGCUCAUAAUAUCAAUGUAUUAACUAACGCUGACAGAUUUUUAUAAAGUGUUACCAUGUACCUAAUGUCUGUGCUGAAUUUUAUAUAAUUUUUUUUAAGGGCAGAUUGCUUGUUGUAAAUAUUACAGCUAUAUGUUAUUUAAAAUUGUACCUAUAUAUUUGUUUAAACAAAAGCUAAUGGCAAUCAAAGAUCAGGUGAAGUAGUAAAAUGUGUAUUAUAUGAAAUAUAAAAUAUGUAUAUGAAGAAAAAGUUUUUUUACCUAUUGCAACAUGACACACAUAAAUCAGAGGGAGAUGCUUUCCACAGAGCAAGUGAAUUCAUAGCUCCAAGGUUGCAUUUUGUACCUCAAGGGAGAAUAAGUUGGUUCCAAAUGACUAAAACAGUACACUUUUUUGACUGCUGUGUGACAAGGUAAUUUAUUUCUAAUAUAAACUUUGUAAUGGACAUGUUUUCAGAAAAUUAUUUGGUGUGCAAAAAAAAAACAAGCAGAGGCAAUUAAAAAUGCAAAGCAUGAAUGUAAAAACAAUGUGAUUUUUUGAAGCGGUUUGGUUGAGGCCUACACAGAUAUUUUGACAAUGUGUUUUUUUUUUUUUGCUAUUGUGAUGUGUUGAUGCUGUUUUUUCACAUUUUUCACUAUUUAGUCUAUGUGCAAUUGCAUAAUUUCCCACUGUAGAUUAUUUAAAAGACCCAAAUGAUGCUUGCUGAGCAAUGUACCUUACAUGCACUCAAUAAACAUGUUCAGUAAACAGCGGCAGUACUUGAAACUACAACUGUUUUGUUCAUUGCUGAUUUUACAUUAACUUUUUUUUGUGGUAAAGCAAAGUUGUUUAGUGAAGACGGUAAUUGACUGUUAGGUCUUUGAACAUACUGAAAUGUAAUUCAGUUAUGCUGCAGCAGUAGUUUGAUGUCAUUAAAGUACAAAAGAUAUCCAUGCCUUGAAAUGGCAAAGCCGAAUUAAAAGCUUUUGUUUUGGAAAUGUUAUUGCUGUAAUGAACUGCCAUUCAGAUUACACAGGGGACUUAAUGAGCCAGAUGUUUCAGCAGAUGUUGUGAUCUGAAGCUUGAAGAGGUUUGUUUGAUUUAAAAGUCAAUGGACAGCAAAAAUGAAAAUAUUGCAGUUUUAUCCACUAAUGUGAUUUACAGUAAUAUUAGCAGCCCUUUCAUUAAUUACUAUGUUAUGUCUGAAUAAAUGUUGAGUGCCA